AAACAUAAACACACGUGCUUUUCAGGUAGAAACCGGCUCGCAUUCCAAUUCAAGCAUAAUUAGUAUCCUCACGCUUCACGACACGCAGUUAUCCGUUUUCUUGUGAAUUUAGAAUGGUGUUCUUCAUCUGCAACCAUUGCGGCGAGUCGCUCAAGAAGCAAGUGGUAGACAAACAUGUCUUCAGGUGCAAGCGCGAUAUCAACGUGUCCUGCAUGGACUGCCUGAAGGACUUCUUGGGGAAGUCGUACGAUUCACAUACGACCUGCAUCACCGAGGCGGAAAAGUAUGCUGCAAAAGGAUUCGUACCGAAGGAAAACAAAGGUGCCAAGAAGCAGGAGAACUGGGUCGCCCUGGUACGUUCGAUAACGGAGACCCAAAAUACCCUGUCGCCGGGCAUAAAGUCUGUCUUUGAAGUGAUCCAACGAAACGAUAAUAUUCCGAAGAAAAAGAAAGGCUUCUUGAACUUUUUUGGUAAUUCGAUCAAGUACAUACGUAGAGCGGAUGUAGAGGCGGCCUGGGCCUUGAUCGAGAAAGAGGUAAAUCUCACCAAGCAGGAACAGCAGAGUAUAGCGAACAAUGUUCAGCAGGAACCGGCGGAUCCCCACCCGAACGGCGUGAAGCGAAAAGCAGAGGAAAACGAGUCAAUCGCGAAAAAUCCGAAGAAGAAUAAAGCAGAGGAAAACGAGUCAAACGCGAAAAAACCGAAGAAGAAUAAAGCAACCACCAACGGUGGCACCGGUGAAGAUGCUAUAACCCUUUUGAACGCAGAAGAAACAAAAGGUACCAAUGGAACGCACGAACAGGACGAGGAGACCAACGGACCAUCGCAUGAAAGAAACGUGUUCCACUGGAAUGAAGUAAUCCGAGAUGCACUAAUCUCCAAGAACAAACAGAUGAAACUGGUCAAGUUGAAAAAGAAAGUGCUGAAAGUAUACCGCCAGUUUACUGCCGGCUAUGAUGAAAAGAAGUUCGAAAAAAAGUUUGAAAAGAAACUAAAGAAGACAAACCAUGUCGUUGUUGAAAAUGAUACUGUACGAUUGAUCGAAUAGAAUUAAGAAACGAAUACAAUAUUAAAUGUAUCACUGUAAAUGAAGGGAAACA